AUGGCAGGCAAGUAUCCAGUUUCCUCAAGAUCUCCGUACCGUGAUACUUCUCCUAGUUGCAGCAGUCAAUGUCCACAACAACCCGAACUUACCCCUACGUACCGAACACUGGGAUGCAGCCAGAUACUGGGACGCAAUUCUGCCACAAGCACCAUGGGAGCUCCUAAUCCGCCCAUCACAGUCGAGUCCUUUCAACCAGUAACCAGCAGUCGUCCCGGUCCUGUGUAUGGGAUCGGAGAAGGGGUCUUCCACCGUGCCUCUCCAGGCAAGUACCAUCGUAUUAGCAACUAUUCACUCCCUGAAAUAUCCCAUAAUCCCAGUUACGACACGCUGCCACCGGAGAAUAAUCACGACCGCGCAGUAAGACCUCACGUCAUCGAAGGGCAUCAGCAACGCAACGUCCCCCGACAUGUAACACGUGACUCUAACCGGCUACUGAUUUACUAUCAGAACGUUCGGGGGCUGCGCACCAAAAUCGACGACUUCUUCGCAGCUGUAUCAGAAUCAUAUUAUGACAUUAUCAUUCUUACGGAGACCUGGCUAGACGACCGUAUUUUCUCUCCGCAACUGUUUGGAAACACGUUCACCGUUUAUCGUAACGAUCGUAAUUCACGUAACAGCUCCAAAUCACGCGGCGGUGGUGUUUUGAUAGCCGUCUCAUCCAUGUUAGGCGGUUUCAUUGAUCCUACUCCAGUGUGUGAUACUCUCGAACAGCUUUGGGUCAAAAUCCGGAUAGAAGGAUUGGUCGUUAGUAUCGGUGUUAUUUAUUUACCACCCGAUAAGAGAGGUGAUCUCAGAUGUAUUGAGAAGCAUAUUGAUUCCAUCGGAGCCAUCAUUUCUCAGCUUGAAGCACAGGAUGUUGCAUUUGCGUUCGGCGACUACAAUCAGUCUGGUUUAGUGUGGAAUAUCCCGUCGAAUGCUCCACCUUCUGUUGACUGCUCACGAUCACGUUUUUCGACUGCUUCCUCGGCCUUACUCGAUGGAUUCUGUUUCCAUGGUCUAACGCAGAUCAAUCCAGUGCCGAACAGGAAUGGCCGCUUGCUCGAUCUAGUGCUGGCGAAUGAUGUUGCUUUAUCGAGGUGCUCGAUCACCGAGGCUGCCGAUCCAGUUACUCCGCUCGACACCGAUCAUCCAGCACUAGAAGUUGACGUCAAUCUACCGACGCCAACUGGAUUUGAAGAUGUACCAGAUCUGACUUCCUUCAAUUUCCAGAAAGCUGAUUUCGCAGCAUUACAUCAAGCUAUAGCUCAAGUCGACUGGGAAUUUCUGGAGACCAUCGAGGAUGUGGAUGCUGCCGUUGCCAGGUUUUCUGAUGUCAUGACCCGUAUCAUCGUUGAUUGCGUUCCUGUGCGGAGGACUGCACGGAGACCAAUCUGGGGCAAUAGACGACUGGGAGAACUCAAAAGAUUGCGAUCCUCUGCUCUCCGGCGUUUCUGUAGGUUGCGCUGUCCGUUUGCUAAGCAAGAGCUGAACCGAACGAGCAACGAAUACCGUUUGUACAAUCGCUUCCUGCAUAAACAGUAUACGAGGCGUAUGCAGAAAAAUCUCCGUAGAAACCCGAAACUUUUCUGGUCCUUUGUCAACUCCAAGAGAAUGGAAAAAGGCUUGCCCGUGAACAUGUUUCUGGUGAACCACUCGGUUAACACUGCACUCGAGAAAUGCAAUCUUUUCGCUACUCACUUCAAGCGAGCAUUCAAUUACCGUUCGUCCUCCGAAAUGCAAGUUGCUGCCGCCGUUAGAGACACUCAAACCAACGUAUUGAAUCUUGACAUCUUCCGAGUCACCAGCGAUGUUGUGGAGGCUGCGAUCCGCAAAUUGAAGUAUUCUUUGACUCCCGGUCCGGACGGUAUCCCUUCCUGUGUACUCAAAAAAUGUGCGCCAAGUCUUGCCUACCCUUUAUCGGUUCUAUUCGACACCUCUCUACAGCAGAGUAUGUUUCCUUCGCUAUGGAAGCAGUCAGUGAUGUUUCCAGUACACAAGAAAGGAGACAAACGUAACAUAGAAAACUACCGAGGAAUCACAUCACUUUGCGCCUGUUCAAAAGUUUUCGAAAUCAUUGUCAAUGAUGCUGUGUUUUCCUGUUGCAAGAACUAUCUGUCAAUGGAUCAGCACGGUUUUUUCCCAAAAAGGUCUGUCGCAACCAAUUUGGUCGACUUUGUUUCCAUUUGUCUGCGCAAUAUGGAGCAAGGUACACAGGUGGACGCAGUGUAUACGGACCUCAAGGCUGCUUUCGAUCGCGUCGAUCACAAAAUCCUUCUAGCAAGGCUGAACAAACUCGGGAUUUCAUCAAGACUAUCUGAAAGAUAG